CGUACGUGGGCCGGGCUUGAUUUAAACCAUAAAAAACCCAAUUCAGCAACUUCCCAACGGAACUUUGGCGAUGCCACCACGCUUCGCCGGCUCUGAAUCACUGACGACGUAAUCUGGUUACUGGUUGAUCUUCGACCUGUAAUUUUACUUUGGGGUAUUAGACACUACUGGAUGUGAGAGAUGGAUCCAGGGAGGAAGGUUUUCACGGUUGAUCUUCUUGAAAGAUAUGCUGCGAAGGGGCGUGGUGUGAUUACAUGCAUGGCUGCUGGAAAUGAUGUUAUCGUAUUGGGUACAAGUAAAGGAUGGGUCAUUAGACAUGAUUUUGGCGUCGGGGAUUCAUAUGAUAUUGAUCUUUCUGCGGGUAGACCUGGGGAAAAUUCUAUCCACAGAGUUUUUGUUGAUCCUGGGGGUAGCCACUGCAUAGCAACUGUCGUUGGUAAUGGAGGUGCUGAUACUUUCUACACUCAUGCAAAGUGGAGCAAGCCUCGUGUACUGAACAAAUUGAAAGGUCUAGUUGUGAAUGCUGUUGCCUGGAAUAGACAACAGAUUACAGAAGCUUCUACAAAGGAAUUCAUUCUUGGUACAGACAAUGGCCAACUUCACGAAAUUUGUGUGGAUGAAAAGGACAAGAAGGAGAAGUAUAUCAAAUUUUUGUUUGAAUUAACUGAACUUCCAGAGGCUUUCAUGGGUCUGCAGAUGGAAACGGCUAGUGUAAGCAACGGGACUAGAUAUUACAUCAUGGCUGUUACUCCUACAAGACUAUAUUCGUUUACUGGGUUUGGAUCACUUGAUACUGUCUUUGCUAGCUAUUUAGAUCGUACGGUCCAUUUCAUGGAACUUCCUGGUGAAAUACCAAACAGUGAAUUGCAUUUCUUUAUCAAGCAACGAAGAGCUGUUCACUUCGCAUGGCUUUCUGGAGCAGGUAUCUAUCACGGUGGCCUCAAUUUUGGAGCACAGCACAGUUCUACUGAUGGUGAUGAGAAUUUUGUGGAGAACAAGGCUCUCUUGGACUAUACAAAGCUAGUUGAGGGUGCUGAAGCGAUUAAACCCAGUUCUAUGGCUGUGUCUGAAUUUCACUUCUUGCUUCUUAUCGGGAAUAAGGUUAAGGUUGUGAACAGAAUUAGCGAGCAAAUCAUUGAGGAACUUCAGUUUGAUCAAAUGUCAGAGUCGGUUUCAAGGGGUAUCAUUGGGUUAUGCAGUGAUGCCACUGCUGGGUUGUUCUAUGCAUAUGACCAGAAUUCUAUUUUCCAGGUGUCUGUUAGUGAUGAAGGCCGAGAUAUGUGGAAGGUGUAUCUGGACAUGAAAGAGUAUGCCACAGCUUUAGCGAAUUGUCGUGACCCGCUCCAAAAAGACCAAGUAUAUUUAAUGCAGGCUGAAGCUGCAUUUGCUUCCAAGGAUUUUCUCAGAGCAGCAUCUUUCUAUGCAAAAAUUAACUACGUAUUAUCAUUUGAGGAAAUCACUCUGAAGUUUAUUAGUGUUAACGAACAGGAUGCUUUGAGAACUUUCCUGUUGCGGAAGCUUGAUAAUCUUGCGAAGGAUGAUAAAUGCCAGAUCACGAUGAUUUCCACAUGGGCAACUGAAUUGUACUUAGACAAGAUAAAUCGACUGCUUUUGGAAGAUGACAGCGUUUUGGAAAAUCGUAAUUCAGAGUAUCAAUCUAUCAUAAGAGAAUUUCGUGCUUUCCUCAGUGACUGCAAGGAUGUCUUGGAUGAGGCAACCACAAUGAAACUUUUAGAGAGCUAUGGAAGGGUAGAAGAAUUGGUCUACUUUGCCAGCUUGAAGGAGCAGUAUGAAAUUGUUGUUCACCAUUAUAUUCAGCAAGGAGAAGCAAAGAAAGCAUUGGAAGUUCUUCAAAAACCCACUGUUCCAAUAGAUCUUCAGUAUAAAUUUGCCCCAGAUCUCAUCAUUCUAGAUGCAUAUGAAACUGUGGAGUCAUGGAUGACCAACAACAAUCUCAACCCGAGGAAACUUAUUCCUGCAAUGAUGCGCUAUUCAAGUGAACCUCAUGCAAAGAACGAAACCCAUGAAGUCAUCAAGUAUUUGGAAUAUUGUGUUCAUCGUUUGCAUAAUGAGGAUCCUGGAGUUCACAACUUGUUGCUUUCUCUGUAUGCCAAACAGGAAGAUGACAGUGCACUAUUGCGUUUUCUACAAUGCAAGUUUGGAAAAGGACGGGAGAAUGGUCCUGAUUUCUUCUAUGAUCCCAAAUAUGCCUUGCGCCUUUGCCUCAAGGAAAAGCGAAUGCGUGCCUGUGUUCAUAUAUACAGUAUGAUGUCUAUGCAUGAAGAAGCAGUUGCCCUUGCCCUACAGGUUGACACUGAGCUUGCAAUGGCUGAAGCUGACAAGGUUGAAGAUGAUGAAGACUUGAGGAAGAAGCUGUGGCUCAUGAUUGCCAAGCAUGUUAUUGAACAGGAAAAGGGAGUUAAAAGGGAGAAUAUACGUAAGGCAAUAGCAUUUCUCAAAGAAACUGACGGCCUUUUGAAAAUCGAGGAUAUACUCCCAUUUUUUCCAGACUUUGCUCUAAUUGAUGAUUUCAAGGAGGCAAUUUGCUCGUCGCUCGAGGACUACAACAAGCAAAUCGAACAACUGAAAGAGGAGAUGAAUGAUGCUACACAUGGUGCAGAUAACAUCAGAAAUGAUAUAAGUGCACUUGCUCAAAGAUAUGCUGUCAUUCACCAGGAUGAGGACUGUGGGGUUUGUAGGCGUAAAAUCUUGACUGUAGGUGGGGACUAUCGGAUGGCUCAUGGUUAUACAUCAGUAGGACCAAUGGCCCCUUUCUAUGUCUUUCCAUGUGGUCACGCCUUUCAUGCACAGUGCCUCAUUGCCCAUGUGACACGUUGCACAAAUGAAACUCAAGCAGAAUAUAUACUGGAUCUGCAGAAGCAAGUUACUUUGUUGGGUGAUGGAUCGAGGAAAGAUUCAAAUGGUAGCAUAACUGAAGAAUCCAUUAGUAGUAUGACCCCUGCAGAUAAGCUUCGAUCUCAGUUGGACGAUGCAAUAGCCAGUGAAUGCCCUUUCUGUGGUGAAUUGAUGAUUCACGAGAUUUCUUUGCCAUUUAUCCUCCCUGAAGAAGCACCGCAAGUAACUUCGUGGGAGAUAAAACCCCAUAACCUGGCAAAUCAGAGAACUCUCUCGUUACCUGUAUGAUCUCCUUGUGUGCGUGUGUUGGUUUGGCUUCUAAGGUUUUGAUUCCCAGUGUCAGUUGGGUCAUGAAUAAUGCUUCUAUUUUUUACAAAAUCUUGCAUGCUUGAAUGCUGGGUGCAUUUUUGUUCCUUCAUUGGUGAGUGUAUUCUCAUGUAUAUUUUGAGAAGACAGUUGGCUGUGGCAUUCUUUAACGUCUAUGUAAAAUAGUUUCCCCCGCAACUUUUGAAUCC